GGGCGGUCGCACCGCGAGAAGCUGGCCAAGCCCGAGCUCUUCAGCGGCGCGGAGAAGAAGCGCAAGCGGACCUCCAUCGCCGCCCCCGAGAAGCGCUCGCUGGAGGCCUAUUUCGCCCUGCAGCCCCGGCCCUCCUCCGAGAAGAUCGCCGCCAUCGCCGAGAAGCUGGACCUCAAGAAGAACGUGGUCCGCGUCUGGUUCUGCAACCAGCGCCAGAAGCAGAAGCGCAUGAAGUACUCGGCGGGCAUCUGAGCCGCCCGCGGGGCAGCACCGACAGCAUCAGCGUCACCGUCACCGAGAGAGAAUUCGACGAACAACGAGAGCAACAACAAGGAAAGGAGGAAAUCAACCCCAAACAACCCCAGCCCACCCCGCGCCCAACUUUCGGGGGGAACUUCCCCGCGGAGCCGCGCCCGGACCCGCCCCGGCAAGUACCGCUGGUUUUUAUUGCUAACAGACCUCGCCCGGGUGGCAGCGGGGUGG